AUGGUGCAGAGAAAGAAGAUUACAAAAAGUAGUGAAGCUCCAGCGGCAACUGGGACGACAGAAGCCAAUGGAAGUUCUGCUAAAUCUUCACAAUAUAAAGAACGACCACCACAAUUUCGAUAUCAAAAAGUUUUUGCACGUGCUGUCUUAUCAACAGCAGUCUUUGCCAUAGUUUACUUCACAUCAGCAAAAGAAAAAACUUCAACAUUAGCGGGAGUUAAAGAAUUCUUAAGUUUGAGAGAACACAAAGUCGAAUGUUCGCCGGAAUCCUUUGAAACAGAGGAAGAAGGUCGAGAAUUGUCGUCGUGCCUUCCAGCACAUUGCGGACGAUUUGCCAGUGACAAUGUCAUUUCUGAAGCAGAAUUAAUUAAACUUAAAGAUAUGACGAUAAAUAUCUUUGAGAAAUUCUUUCCGAAAGACGAUGAAGCUUCGUUAUCAUUUGACCUACUUUCAGAGAAACUUUCAAAAUACGAUUCGCUAUCAAAGAAUGUUGCUGAUGUUCUGAAGUCUCUUCAACCGAAACUUAUCGACACGCUAUCACAACGUUUUAAGACAUCGCAUGAUUUGUUAUCAAUCACGAAUCCAUCAUACGUCACGAAAGUCACAAACCUAACAACAGAAUUUUCCGAACAUUCCCAUCAACUUCAUUACGAUAAAGAAGCGAACAAAUCUAUUCACUACACGCUAAUUAUUUAUUUAACAACAUUCAAGAAGAACUUUAACGGUGGAAAGUUUAUUUUCGUUGACAUGGAGAAUCACAAGAAGAAGAAUUUUGUGGUUGAAGGAAAAGCUGGAAGAACUGUUGGAUAUACAGCUGGAAGUGAGAACAAGCACUUCUUAGAGAAAAUUGUCAAUGGUGCAAACUACUUCGUCACUUUAUCAUUUUCCUGUAACAAUAAAGCUUUGAAUUGA